UGACAGAGAGAGCAGCUCAUGGAGUGCUAAAGUGCUUUAUCCAAAGAGAGGACAACUGCCUUUCUCCCUACUACUUUUUCUGCAAACCUAUAUCUAUUCCACUCACUCCUCCUUCUAUCUAUAUCUUCCUCUUCUUAGUUAUUUUUCUCUCUUUAAUCACUUUUCAGUCCCUCCUUUCUCUCCCCGGCUCUUUGUUUCUGUCUUUCACCCAACCCUCUCCUGCCGUCCAGUCUGUUACCUCUCUACUGGCUCUAUAUGGUUGACUGAGUGACCGACCAGGGACUCAGGGACCAGUGGAGUGAGUGUCUGUGUCCGGGACUGUGGAGGACUUUCCGGGAGAGUCAGGAUGGCGGUGAACUUUGCGGAGGUGCGGGGUCGGGUGAAGAAUGUGUGUGCGCAGAACGGGCUCCUCAUCCUGUCUGUGUUGGCUGUGGUCAUUGGCUGUAUGAUGGGGUUCCACCUGCGGGGCAAGCAGCUCUCUGACCAGGAGGUGAAGUACUUCCAGUUUCCUGGAGAGCUCCUGAUGAGGAUGUUGAAGAUGCUCAUUCUGCCCCUCGUCGUCUCCAGUUUGAUGUCGGGGCUAGCAGCCUUGGAUGCCAAGUGUUCCAGCCGCCUGGGCAUCAUGACCGUCUCCUACUACCUGUGGACCACGUUUGUGGCGGUGGUGGUGGGCAUCCUCAUGGUUACCAUCAUCCACCCAGGGGGCGCCGCCCAGAAGGAGGACAACGAGGACAGCGGCAAGCCAAUCAUGAGCUCCGCUGACGCCCUGCUUGAUCUGAUUCGAAACAUGUUCCCAGCCAACUUGGUCCAAGCAACUUUCCAACAGUACCGUACCAGGAGUAUCCCCAUCAUGAAGGCCCCCCCACCCACGGUGGCAGCCUCCCUGAUGGAGAGCACCACCCGGAGGGUCUAUAUCUACGGUGUCCAGGACGACAACGGCACCGACAUCCAGAACUUCUCCCUGGACUUGACACCUCCGCCUGACAUCCAGAUGCGCACACUGCCCGGGACCAGCGAUGGCAUGAACGUCCUGGGGAUCGUCAUCUUUUCCGCCACCAUGGGUAUCAUGCUGGGAAGAAUGGGGCCUAAUGGCAGCGCCUUGGUCAACUUCUGUCAGAGUCUGAACGAGGCUGUCCUGAAGAUUGUCGCCAUAGUGAUCUGGUACUUCCCUUUCGGCAUUGUGUUCUUGGUUGCCGGUAAGAUCCUGGAGAUGGACGACCCGUCGGCCAUGGGGAAGAAGUUGGGGUUCUACGCUAUCACCGUGGUGAUGGGGCUAGUGCUGCACGGUCUCUUCAUCCUACCAGCCAUGUACUUCUUCAUCACCAAGAAGAGUCCCAUCGUAUACAUCAGGGGCAUCCUGCAGGCCCUGCUCAUCUCCCUGGCAACCUCGUCCAGCUCUGCCACACUGCCUAUAACCUUCAAGUGCCUCCUGGAGAACAACCACAUCGACCGACGCAUCAUCCGCUUCGUACUCCCUGUGGGCGCCACCAUCAACAUGGACGGGACGGCACUCUAUGAGGCAGUGGCGGCCAUCUUCAUCGCCCAGGUUAACAACUACGAGUUGGACUUUGGCCAGAUCAUCACUAUCAGUAUCACAGCCACAGCUGCCAGUAUUGGUGCAGCUGGAAUUCCGCAGGCAGGACUGGUCACCAUGGUGAUCGUGCUAACCUCAGUGGGCCUGCCCACUGAUGACAUCACACUCAUCAUUGCUGUGGAUUGGGCGUUAGACCGUUUCAGGACAAUGGUCAACGUGAUGGGAGACGCUUUGGCCACGGGGAUCAUGGCUCACAUCUGUAGAAAAGAUUUUGUCAAGGAGGGAGAGCAGGUACCUUUGAUCUGCGAGACCAAGCCCAUGGUCAGCAUCCAGCAGAUGACGUACCAGAAGAACGGUGGGUACCAGCCCCCUCCCUGCGGACCGGGGGGCCCGGACGUGGCUCGUCUGAUGCAGCUGGAGGAGGGGGUACGACCGGAGCAAAGGAAGAGGAACCCCCACGCUCCCCAACACAAGAGGGAGCACAAGGACAAGGACCACUGCUCCAUCGACAUGAAUGGCCUGGAGACCAACGUAUAGACAUAGUUAUCAUUGAGCUGCAUCCUGAUUCGUCACACUUCUCCCAAAGAGUGCAUUUGCACACUCCCCGUCAUGAAUCUAAUAAUGGUGGCUCUAACAACUCCCUCCAGCCAGUUCUUAGCCUACACCAAUCCUACGCUUUUAAGUCCAUGAUGAGAAGUGGGAAAAUGCAUACUUUGGAAAAAGUGUGGAGUAACUGAAUGCAGCCAGUAUCAUAGCUACAGGGGAGAGAGGGAGAGAGGAAGGACUGACUAACUGCACCAGAGCUCGGGAUGACCAACCCGACCCUUGCUGGCACAUUAUGGCCCACUGUGGAUGCAAUUCAGAGGAUGUGUAAAGAAAAUACGACUUUCUACAUUACGUAUAUUACGACCCACUAUGAUUGUGUAUAUUUUUGUGUAUAUAUUUACAAGAUUUAUUAUACUAUGCACCAGCAGCAGAGUGAUAUGGUGGGAGACAUUCUGUACAUUGAGACAUUCUAUAUGAUGAGACAUUCUAUAUGAAGUGCAAACAUUCUAUUUAUUGAGGAGACAUUCUCUAUGAUGAGGAGACAUUUCAUUCAAUGAGAAGACAUUUUGCACAGUUUAUUAGGUACACCACCACGUUCAAUGGUUUGCUCCUACAGCCAGUAAAUCAUGUGGCCGUGGCUUGCUAUAUAAAGCAGGCAGACAGGCAUCGAGGCAAUCAGUUACUGUGACCUAAGCGACUGAGCGUAGUAUGAUUGUCGGUGCCAGGCGCACCGGCUCCAGUAUCUCAGAAAUGGAUGAACUCCUAGGCUUUUCACGCACAACAGUGUCUAGGGUUUACCCAGAAUGGUGCAACAAACAAAAAACAUCCAGUCGAUGGCAGGCAGUCCAAUGGACGAAAACAUCUUGUUGAUGAGAGGUCGAAGGAGAAUGGCAAGAAUCGUGCAAGCUAACAGACGGGCCACCAACAGGCAACUAACGGUGUAGCGCAACAGUAGUGUGCAGAACAGCAUCUCGGAACGCACAACUCGUCAGUCCUUGCCACAGAUGGGCUGUUGCAGCAGACGAACACACCGGGUUCCACUCAUAUCAGCUAAAAACAAGAAGGGUCUCCAGUGGGCAUGCCAUCACCAACACUGGACAAUUGAGGAGUGGAAAAACAGUGCCUGGUCCGAUGAAUCCCAGUUCCUGUUGAGUUGCUGAUGGUAAAGUCAGGAUUUGGCUUAAGCAGCAUGAGUCCAAAUCAAAUCAAAUCACAUUUUAUUGGUCGCAUACACGUGUUGAGCAGAUGUUAUUGCGGUUGUAGUGAAAUGCUUGUGCUUCUAGCUCCAACAGUGCAGUAACAUCUAACAAGUAAUAUCUAACAAUUACACAACACAUACCCAAUGCACACAAAUCUAGUAAAGGAAUUAAGAAUAUAAAAAUAUAUGGACAAGCAAUGUCCAUGUCCUCAUCCUGCCUGGUGUCAAUUGUGCAAGCUGGUGGCAGUGGUAUAAUAGUGUGGAAUGUUUUCCUGGCACAAGUUAUGUCCCUUCAUACCAAUUGAUUUCCAUGAACUCAGGCUGUUCUGGAGUCAAAGGGGGGUCCGACCCGGUCCUAGAUGGGUGUACCUAAUAAACUGAUGGGUGUACCUAGUAUAUGACAAGUAUCAGGAGACAGAAGGGAUCAUGAAGACCUGUGGGAAACUUCAGAGAGGGCUUGGGGAUCUGUGGACGAUGACAGGACAUCUAAGCAUGAGCUUUGGCCUUCCAUCUUCACCUUAGUUAAUCAACUCCCCCCUCACAGUGGAUGUGUGAGUCUGUCCGUCUGUCUGUCUGUCGAGCUGAGAGGUGAAUGUGACGAACACUCUCCUUACAUAGACAAUGCUUGUGGACUAUGGACAAACAGGAAGUGCGCAUUUCUUUAAAAAAAAUAUAUUAUAAACUAAAUGUUCCCUCUAAUCCCCCACAUGGGGUUACGGAUAUUUCAGGCUAAUUGGUUAGGCUUAUAUACUAAGCAGGUUACUCUCACAAUCAUCAUUGGAGGUUAUUUGUAAAACUUUACAGCUAAGGUAAAAUCUAGAAUCCAUUUUUUAAAUCUCCACAUGUGACACAAAGGGAUACAUAUGCUACAUUUACACUGGCUGUUAAGUUUUCUGAAGACCUAUUUUAUCGAUAUCUAGAAGGGCUUUUCAAGACAUUCGUGUUCACAUUCAACAGAGAAGGGAUCUACAGAACUCAAAUACACUCUACUCUGCUCUUCUUCCUCAGCAAAUGGACCCAUAUUGCUUCUCUCACUGAUUUCAACCUUUUGAUACCUUUUCUCCUUAAAAUGUCCUUCCCAUGAUCUUCUUUGCCUUUUUAUCCCCUUAAACAAGGUAGUACACACCUGCCUCAUAUAUGGUGUCUGGCAUGAUGGAAACAAUUUCUGUGUACCAAACAGCAUCCUAUUCUCUAUACAGCGCACUAUAUACGGUAGGGAAUAGGAUUUGGGGGAAACACAAUGACAGAGACAGGUAUGUGUAAGAGCCAUACUGCUCCGGGAGGUGUUAACCGUUGUUGAAACAUUUCUAGAGUGUCAAGUUCUUGCACCAACCUUAGACCCUCUUUGCCUUAAAGUACAAAGGAGAAGCAUGUGGGGAGAUAAUAGAGUAUGGGUACACCACAAAACAUAUGGGGGUACACCUAAUACAUUCAAGGCAAAAGCAGCAAGCUGCAAUAAAACAACCACAGGCCAUACUCUGAACUUUGCUUCGUAUGUAUAUAUAUUUAUUUUAAAAGUGAAAAAUCAUUUGCAGUUUGUAUAAACAUAGAGUAUGACUCAACAGGCACCAUUCUAUCUUUGUUAUGAAAUUAUUAAUUGUUUCAUCUAUUCCAAUUGCACUAGAUGUUUUUCUGUUUUUCUGUAUAAAAAAAGGCAAAAAAUGAAAAUAUAUUGUAAGGAAACACAAAUACACAUUUUAUUGAACUGUGGUGUGUAGUAUGUUUUGAUUGUCUGAUGAGUUGGUUUUCUUAUUUGAAACCUGUAUUUUUGGAUAGCUA